ACAGCCAUGCGCCAGUUACAGUGCUGUUGUGGUCGCUUUUGAGAUAAGUUAGUCAAGGCUGGAUUAAUUCAUGAAAUAAUUCCCCAGACUGUUACAGUUUGACUUUUAAAAGUGCAGGGAAUGCGGAGAGGGCGGCAGUGACUGGAAUAGCGGUACAGCGUGUAGAUUUAAACCUCUUCCUCCUUCUCAAUCUGUCCGACGGCCGUGUGUGUGACAGAACAGGACUGCCAUGUAGUUGAACUAAAAGAAUGAGCAGUCAGCACACUCCAACAGAUGGGACAGACGACUACACGGUGCAGCAGGAAAAUGAACUAGAAGCUCUCGCAUCUAUCUUUGGAGAUGACUUCCAGGAUCUGCGGCUCAAGGAUCCAUGGAAGGUUAAAAGACCUCCAGAGGUGCACUUGUGCCUGCGGCCCAACGGGCUAAACAAUGGGCAGGAAAGCUACGUAACCGUGGACUUGCAGGUCAAAUGCCCACCUACAUACCCAGACGUGCCUCCCAAUUUGGAGCUUAAAAAUGCCAAAGGUCUCUCCAAUGAAACCCUCCAGAACCUACAAAGUGGUAUCACCAAGCUGGCAGCAGCACGAUGUGGCGAGGUGAUGAUUUACGAGCUAGCUGACUAUAUCCAAGGAUUCUUGAGUGAGCACAACAAGCCGCCAUCAUGCUCUUUCCAUGAAGAGAUGUUGAAGAACCAGCAGAGGCAGCAAGAGAAACGAGCCUUGGAGGAGCAGCAGAAGAUGGACCAGCAGCGUAAACAGGAGGAGGAGAUGGAAAAAGAAAUCAUGGCCGUAAUCCAAAGACGAGAAGAGGAGAAACGGGAAGAAAAGAGAAGAAAAGAAAUAGCCAAACAGGAGCGAUUUGAGAGUAUGGAGCAGACACAUCCUACAACCAGUACUUUUGGGAAGAGUCCACCCAGCCCAUGUGGAACUCCUCCUGAUCUAUCAGAAAUCAAGAAAGGCAUCGGUAAUCGUCGCCGGACUACCUCAAAUUCCCGCCACAGGCGUGACACCAUCAGUGAAGACAACCAUCGCUCACAAGAGCUUCUUCACUUUAGCAGCAGCACUUUUGGGGAGCUUGGUGUCCACAGAGGGAAAAGCUUGGGUGUAAGUGAGCGGCUUGGCCGUAGUGUGUACUAUGGAUUUGAAGUUAAUUCUGGAGACUUUGCAGUGAUCUAUGAGUGGUCACUGCGUUGGAACAAAAAGAUCGGAAAGUUCUUCACAAGUCAGGAGAAAGGAAAGAUCGAGAACUGUAAAAAACAGAUCCAUGGGGCAGAAAAUGAGUUCAACUCCCUCCUCCGUCUGGAGCAUCCAAACUUGGUGCACUACACAGCGCUGAGCACCUGUGAGAAAGAGGACUGCCUUGUGAUCAACCUUCUGGUGGAACAUGUAGCUGGGAUCAACUUGAACCAAAAUCUAAUCAACCACACCCCUGUCCCUUUGGAUAAACUCUGCCAGUACACAGCCCAGCUCCUUGCAGCCCUGGACUACCUUCACUCUAACUCAGUUGUUCAUAAGCAGCUGGGGGCCUCCAGUGUCCUGGUCGACGCUGAGGGCAAUGUCCGACUGACUGAUUACAGCUUAUCAAAGAGAUUCGCAGAUAUCUGCAAGGAAGAUGUUUUUGAACAAGCCCACGUACGGUUCUCAGAGGACACAGCCAUGCCAACGAAGACCGGAAAAAAAGGGGACGUGUGGAACCUGGGGCUCAUGCUGCUGGCUCUGAGCCAGGGCAAAGAGGUGAAGGAGUAUCCAGUGACAGUACCAGCCAGCCUGCCUGCAGAUUUCCAGGACUUCCUCCAUAAGUGUGUGUGUUUGAAUGAUGGGGAACGCUGGACAACUCAGCAGCUCUUGGAUCACUCCUUCCUUAAGCCUCCAUCACCUAAAAAUUCACCACAAUACCAAGAUGCCAGCCCAGAAGAUUUAGCUGUGGACUUUGCAUCAUCAGUGAUCCCACGGAGCCACAUCCUCAAUGCUCCCUUCAGCUCUGGGGUGCAGAGGCAGUUUUCUCGCUACUUUAAUGAGUUCGAGGAGCUGCAGCUUUUGGGAAAAGGAGCCUUUGGUGCUGUAAUUAAGGUUCAGAACAAGUUAGAUGGUUGCUACUAUGCUGUGAAGCGCAUCCAGGUCAACCCCGCCAGUAAGCAAUUCAGGCGCAUCAAAGGAGAGGUGACUCUGCUCUCCCGCCUCAACCAUGAAAACAUCGUCCGCUACUACAACGCGUGGAUCGAGAAGCAUGAGACGCCCUCGGUGGGUGUGCUGAGCAACACUGACAGCUCUGAGCCACAAAGCACACCCGACAAGCCUCCGCAGGGCAGACAGCCUCUGCUGCGACUCAAUGAGCUCGGCCUUCCCGACGACGUGGAGGAUGUCGCACCUCCUCCAGCCCUGUCCAGCUCAGUGGAGUGGUCCACAUCCAUCGAGAGAUCCUCCAGCGCAAAGUGUACUGGACACCAUUCGAGUGAUGAUGAGGAUGACGAUGAUGAGGAAGAUGUGUUCGGUGCCUCUUUUUUACCAUCAGAUAGUGACUCAAGGAGUGAUAUCAUCUUUGACAAUGGCGAUGAAAGCAUUGAUGAGAUGUCACAGGUUGAGCCAAGCAAAAGGCCUGUUACAGACACAAUGGAGAGCACAGACUCGGAUCGACCACUGCUCAUAGCACAUUACUUGUAUAUUCAGAUGGAAUAUUGUGAAAAGAGCACCUUAAGAGACACGAUAGACCAUGGGCUGCACCAGGACCAGACUCGGUUGUGGAGACUAUUCAGGGAAAUACUUGAUGGCCUGGCUUAUAUCCAUGAGCAGGGCAUGAUUCACAGGGACUUGAAGCCUGUCAACAUCUUCCUUGACUCACAGGAUCAUGUAAAGAUUGGAGAUUUUGGCCUGGCUACAGACCAUCCUGCUAAUGUGGCUGCAGGUAAAUUUGAAGUGGAAGAGAGUGGCUCAGCAGCAAUGACCAAACCAGACCCAACAGGUAACAUGACUGGGAUGGUGGGCACUGCCCUGUAUGUGAGUCCAGAGGUUCAAGGAAACACAAAAGCUACCUACAACCAGAAAGUUGAUCUGUUUAGCCUUGGAAUCAUCCUGUUUGAGAUGUCUUACCGCCCAAUGACCACAGGAGCUGAGCGCAUCUCUGUCCUGAGCCAGCUGCGUGCAGAGCCCAUUUAUUUCCCAGAGGACUUUCAUACAUAUGAACAAGGAACACAGAGGAAAGUAAUAGAGUGGCUGCUGAACCAUGACCCAGCCCUGCGGCCCACUGCACAGGAGCUGCUAAAGAGUGAACUGCUGCCUCCACCCCAGAUGGAGGAGUCAGAGCUGCAUGAGGUGCUGCAGCACACCAUGGCCAAUGUCAACGGCAAAGCGUACCGCACCAUGGUGGGCCAGCUGUUCGCUCAGAACACCACCCCUGUUAUGGAUUACACAUAUGACAUAGAUCUACACAAGGGCAACUUCAGCUUCAACAGCGCCAAAUUGCAGCAGUAUGUGUAUGAAACAAUCACCAGGAUCUUCAAGAAACACGGUGCUGUGCGUCUUCAGACACCACUGUUCCUUCCCAGGAACAGGAAGUUAUAUGAAGGUAGCGAGUUGGCCUGCUUCAUGGACCACAGUGGAAUGCUGGUUACACUGCCCUAUGACCUCCGGAUGGCAUUUUCAAGAUUUGUGGCCCGCAACAAUAUAACACAUCUGAAAAGAUAUAGCAUUGAACGUGUGUUCAGACCCAGAAAGCUGGAUCGCGCACAUCCAAGGGAGCUUCUGGAAUGUGCUUUUGACAUCAUCACACCCGUCACCAACAGCCUGCUCCCCGACGCAGAGACCAUCUACACCAUCUCUGAAAUAGUUCAGGAAUUCCCUGCACUUCAGGAAAGGAACUAUAACAUUUACCUGAACCACACCAGCUUGUUGAAGGCCAUCCUGCUCCACAGUGGAGUCCCUGAGGACAAACUGAGCCAGGCUUCCAACGUACUGUGUGAUGCCAUGAGUGAAAAGUUGACCAAACGUGAGGUGGAGGCAAAGUUCUGCAAUUUUUCUCUGUCAACCAACAGUUUGCAGACUCUGUACAAAUACAUUGAACAGAAGGGGGAUCUGCAGGACUUGGCGCCGCUGCUGACAUCGCUCACCAAACAGAAGACUGCGGUCACACAGCUGGCAAAGCAGGGUCUCAAGGACCUGGAGGAGCUCACAAUGCUUCUGCGGAGGCUGGGGGUUAAAAUGCAGGUUGUGAUCAACUUAGGCUUAGUAUACAAGGUUCAACACCACUCUGGGGUCAUCUUCCAGUUUGUAGCGUUCAUCAGAAAACGGAAACGAACUGUACCAGACAUAGUGGCAGCUGGAGGACGCUAUGACCAUUUGAUCCUGGAGUUUCGAGGGCCAGCUUCCACAGCCCCAGUCACUGCUGCUGUCGGGGCCAGUGUGGCUCUGGACAAAGUCUGUGCUGCUUUGGCCAGCAUGGAGGAACCACCAUCAGUGAGUUCCUGUGAUGCACUAGUGGUCCCAGUGGGUCAUUCCUCAAUGUCUAGAGCCAUCAGUGUUGUCCAGAAGCUUUGGAGCACGGGUGUCUCUGCAGACAUCACCUAUGAUGUGUCACAGUCUCAGGAGACGUUAUUGGAUCACUGCAGGCUGGCUGGCAUCACCUGCGUGGCUCUGGUCUCUGACAAAGAGGGCAACUAUGUGAAGGUCAAAUCCUUUGAGAAGGACAGACAGUCUGAGAAAAGGAUUCCUGAAACUGACCUGGUGGACCACAUUAUUCAGAAAUGUCGGACCAAAUUCUUUGACGAACGAAACAUCAGAGAAAUCUCUGAAGGCAUGUCUCUUCCAAAUCCCAAGGGAUCACUGCUGAACACGUCAGGAUCAUCAGAGCAGCAUGGGGGUAGUAGUACCAUGAACAUGAAUGUGAAUGUCAUCAGCCCAGAAAAGGUGUCUGCCAGUGCCAGGCGGCGCUAUGAGACUCAGAUCCAAACCAGAUUGCAGAAUCUCGGUAGCAAUUUGCAGAACAAGAGCAAUGACAUUGAGGUUCUGGCAGUGGACCUGCAGAGGGAAACGCUGGUCAACUUCCUGUCUCUGGAGUUUGAGAGCGAAGAUCAGUUCAACAGCAGCGUGAAGACUCUGUUGUCUCGUCUCCCGAAGCAGCGCUACCUGAAGUCCAUCUGCGAAGAGAUCCACCAUUUCAAAAUCGUUAAAAAGGUGGCUGUGGUGGUCUUAUACAGCUACAAAGACGACUACUACAAGAUCCUGCUAUGAAACCCAAGGUGUUUUCCUGGUCAGGGAGGCGUCACAUGUUGCUUCAGCGUGGCAGAAAACAUUUCAAGCCUUGUGCUCAACGGAAUCUCCUUCAGAAUUGACUGUUAAAUACCCUUUUUUCCACUUGCAAAGCCUGAGCCCCAAAGACAUGUGAUUUUCCUUUUUACCAAGCUGAACGGCGAUUCAGUUGUUAGACCCAAACUCCAAGAUUUUCAGUGUUUGUGGACCUCCUGAGAUACAAGUAGACACAGUUUACUGGACGUUUUUUGCCUUAAUAGAACUUAAACGAGAAAGGGCUUUUUACUGAAAAUAACGAGUUAUAAACAUGCCGAUUUUAGAUUUAUCAGUCAUUGUUCAGAUAGUACAAAUAAAAUAACGUUUCCCAUGUGCUGUGAA